AUGGCGCGAGCGGCGUCGACCAUCUGGAGGUUCAGCGGGCGGGCGAGGGCCGGGAGGUUCAGCUGCCUCAUGGGGCUGCGAGAGCCGCAGGAUGGCGGAGAGCUCGAGGUGCGUCGCAUCGACCAGCAUGAGAGCCUCGUCGCCGCUCGCGUCCCCUCGUGGUCCUGCAACCCUGACGGUCGCGUCUGCCUCUCCGCCGUCACCGCCAUGUUCGACGAGAUCAGCACGGUGGCGGGAUGCGCCGCAUGGGACAGGUCGAUGAGGACAGGCCUCAGCGUUCAGCUCUUCUCUCGCGCUCACAGGAGCCUCGACGUGGGGAGCGGGGACAAGCUCGUGUUCACCACUAAGCUGCGCAAGAUCGGAAAGACGUUGGGGUUCGUGGACGGAGAAGUCGCGACAGAGGCAGGAGUCACUCUAGCCAACAUGCGGCACAUCAAGUUCAUGCCCAUGGGCAGCUUCUACGCCUUCAUAGCCCAUCCCCUCAUGCAGCCCACCACCCUGGCAGUGCUCAACGCCUUUCUCUCUCUCCGCCCCCUGCAGCACGAUCGCGUGCCGCAGAGCAAGGAGGAGCUGUUUCCUCUCCGCAACCUCAGAACCGAGGGAUCCAGCAGUUUUGCCGACACCUCCAUCACAGACAGGCACGCGACGGCUCUCGGGGGCAUCCAUGGCGGCGCAGGCGUCAUGCUCCUGACGCGCAUGGCGGCGGCUGGAGCAGAGAGGGACCUGACGCUGCCCAUCCCCAUACGCUCCAUCUCGACCAACCUCAUCAACAGCGUCCCCACCCGCGUAGGGAGGGAGACGGAAGUCCAGCUGGAGUCGAGCUUGUGCUUGGGGAGCGGCUUGCCGGACUACUCGUACGUGAUGAUCAAGAAGGAGGGAAAGAUCAUGAUGGACUCGUCGAUCUUCUGGGGGAUGCGAUGA